AUGAAAACUAUCUAUGUGAAUAACAGUCGAAGUGUAACACUUUGUGCCUUAGAAGUUGAGUCGAACACUACGGCUGAAUGUGUGCAGAAUAAAAUUCAAGAGAAGCCAGAAAUUCCCUCAGAACAGCAGCGACUUUUCUUCACGGACAAAGUACUCGACGUUGAGAAAACGCUAGGCGGCUAUGAAAUAUGUAAUGGUCGUCUAUAAAGCUGGAAUUCACAUCGUCUACUACAGAUGAAGCAACAACAUAUGGGGAAGGAUUAAAGAUUACAGAUAAGGGAACCCAUCCUCGUACCCAGGGUCCCCUGCGACGGAGGUUGAAGGGAACCCUGAAGUGGCUCGGUAGCUUUGAAAGCCUAAAAUAUCUCGUCGAGAAAUUGCAAUUACCAAAAGCCAAAUGGAUGACUCCAGGCGGUAGGCGGUGGCUCGAAAUUGUAUGAAUGCGAAGAGUUUUCUGCGCGCUGGUAUUCAACUAAUGAACACUCAAGGGAAAUAAAGCCAGUGAAAUUAAAGCAAACUUCAUCUCCAUCUUGGAAAACGAAGUAGAAGAGAUUAGCCAAAGUCAAGACGAAUUGCAAUAUAACAGUGAUUUACAUAAAGAUUCAAUAAAAACUAAUGGCCCGUCCACAAACUAUCCCACGUGUGACUCAACAUGCAGUAAUUUAGAACAAUAUCUAUUGAUAAACGAUCUCAUGAGUAAAUUCAUGCAAAAAAUAGACGACAAGGUCGAGGGGAUUUCGCAAGAAGUAACAAUCCGAAGGCCAAUACAAGUCAACCAGAACGAAUUGAUCUGAUCAACAACCUCAAAUGGGAAAUAGACGAACUUAAAAAUGAAAACUUAGAAUUACGCCAAAGGAAUGCGACUAUAUCGUACGCUAUGGCAGACUUGCAAACUAAAGUUAAAGACACGGAGAACGAAAAAAACCCAGCCUAAUUACGGCAAUUAAGCUGGUUCAACUCGACAAUCCAAACCUAGUGGAACCAAAAAUCAAGUUGACACCUGGCAUGUUGUUCGAAAUAAGAAACCAAACGUUAUAGCAAGGAUGCCCACAAAACGGCCGCCGGUAUCUCGGAUGUUAACAGAUAUGAAGUCCUUAGUGACAGCGAUGUAGAACCAACAGAAGGACAACACCCGCCUUAUGUCAGACCGAUCACGACCCACAAGAAUCCUGGCAAUAAAGAAUCAACUUUUGACAAAACUCUUAUUACCGAUUCUCCACCCCAGAAUAGCUAUUCCAAGUCCAAGACAUCCGAAGGUCCCAUAACAAUCUUAGGGGAUUCCAUGAUAAAGAUGAUUAAACCACCUAAACUGAGACAACUGAGUCGAUUAAUAGGCGAAAAAGGCAACAUCAAAACAUUUCCUGGAGCAACAAUUAACGACAUGAACCACUACAUACAACCCACAAUGAAGAAACAACCCAAACUGGUGAUUCUACAUGUAGGGACUAAUGACAUUCAACGUUACGUAAAGAACCCGACGAAAUUGUAG